AUGCCGCCAGCUUCGGCCAUGACAAAGCUGAAGGCUAACCUCUAUGACUGGGACAAGGUGCUUGCCUCCUACCACCAGCGCACUUCCUCCACUUCCUAUUUGUGCUGCAAAAGGCUCUGCAAUCCCUGCAGACGUCCUUCUGCGAAGGUUCUGGAUCUUGAGAACAUUGAGGACGGCCCAUGGAACCAGGCUGGCAGCGAUUUCCACCCAAACCCCUUUGCAAUUGAUGACGACUAUUUGAAUGAUGAUGGAACAUCUCUAGUGACGGCCGAGGACUACAUCCAUUUCCGAUUUUUGCCCAUGCUUCAGUACUACUCUUGGCGCAGCCGCGACCUUUCAAGGAAAGUGCUGGUUCUUCAAGUCUUGACCUACUUUCUGACCGCAGCAAUGGCAGCUGCAACUCCUCUCGGCUACGAAGCUUGGAUACCAGUCCUGGUGUCUUUCAUCUCCUUUUUUCACGGGGAUCAUGGAAUUUGA